UUAGUGUUUAUUUGGCUCGCUCACACACACAGGAGCACAAGGCACACAUACCGGCACAGUGACGCUCUUACCAGACUCCGAGCUCCUUACCUUCUUCUUUCAGUGCGACUCGCAGCUCGUGUAUUCCAGAGAUCAGGUUGAGGGAUUUUACACACCAUGACUGCGGGACUCUCCAGCUGAGUUGCCGGCCGGCUUGUUGUGUGUGAUCACAGCUGGACAGGCGGACGGGGGCUGAACAGACCAGUUGGACAGAGACCGUGAAGGGGGAUCAUAAAGGCUGUCGUGUUGCCGGUAUCAUUGCUGGCUGAUCCAGACCUGAAUUUUUUGGAUAAAGAGCUCCCAUCAGCUGCACUGUCGCUGACCGGUGACCCCGAUCUGCAGCCUAACCCCCUUCUGGGCCACUGCUGUGCCAAUAGAGGUGGUCCGGCCGGGCCUGAUGUGGAAUUUGACCUCGACUGACCCUGUCCCACAAGUAGCCUUUCACUGAUCCCGGACUGGGGAAAAAGGAAGGAUAAAAGAGCAAGAGGGGCGACGGAGAAGAAAAGGAGAGAAGUGAGAGCAGCAGCACAGCAACCGCUCCUCCAGAAUGCCGGUGGAGACCCUGCGGCCGUCAGAUGGCCGUCUGGCCGGAGUUCCCUUCACCUCUGCCAUGCCCUUCAGGAUACUUAACAAGGGCCCAGAUUACUUCCGCCGCCAAGCUGAGCCUGGGGCCCGUAAACUGAGCGCGGUGGAGCGUCUGGAGGCUGACAAGGCCAAGUACGUUAAGAGCCAGCAGGUGGCCCUCACUCGUCAGGCCCCCAUCAAACCACCAAUCAUCCGCAAGCCCCUAGUUCCUCCGGGAAUGAUGCUCCAGUGCCAGAUCAGCACUCCUCCAGCCCGCAAAGUUCCCCGCUGCCCAGCGGACGUGGAGAAUGGAGGAGGGAGAGAGGGUCCAGUAGGGAGGAGAGGACCUGCUCUUAACUUGGAUAUUCUGAAUAAUCUAAUCAAUGAUGUAUGUGAUGGACCAUUGCCCUCUUCCCAGUCCUCUUCCUCCACCUCCCCCUCCUCAUCGUCUCCUUCAUCGGGAGCUAAGAGCAUCGGGAGUAGCCUGUCAGCAGAACAGGAGAGGAGCAACCGACUCCUCAACAACCUCAAACCUUUGAAUCAUGGCACCACCAACUCGUCAUCCACCUCUUCCUCAACUUCCUCUCCGCUCAAUAACAACCUCCGGACCCCUGCAGCAGAACUCACCCGACGUCCACCCCCUAUCCCGGCACGAGCACCUCGCAUUGGGGUUCCAGCCCCCUAUAGCUCCCCUAACUCGGUGACGGUGCGCAGGGUGGAUGUCCGGCCUCAAGCGGAGAUAAGGAAGCCCCAGAGGGCCCAGCUGCAGCCCCAGCUCAGGCCCAGACAGACUCCCCAAGGCCAAGUUGCACACCCCCAGGUUCCCCCUCCUCCACCGCCUGCACCCUCUCACAGCCAACCCCAACCUCAUCCUCAGCUCAACACCCCCUCCCAAACCCUGCCCUGCCCUCCGGUCUACCUGCCGCCCAGUCCCAUGCUGGUCCGAGCGGGCAUGAUCCCACCAGCCUCCCCCGCUUUCACCCGUAUAUCGAACGCCAGCUCCAAGGGGUCCGCCCGCAAGCACCCAUCCUUGCACCGCUCCAAAUCGGACCUGAGCGACCGCUACUCCCGCGCAACAGCCGACCUGGAGCGAUUCUUCAACUACUGCGGGCUGGACCCAGAGGAGGUGGAGGGGAUGGGUGGAGUGGAGCGCUUCACGAGAGCCAACUCAGACAUUGUGUCCGUCUCCAAGCUCCGCAGCGUCAGCACGCCUAGCUCAGAGUGCGGAGACGAGGCUGACCGGGCAAGGGAGGACGAGGACGACGAGGACGGGCCCACCAGAGCCAACGACCGCGUCCCCUACGGCAUCUCCGUCAUCGAGAGGAACGCUCGAGUCAUCAAAUGGCUAUACGGCAUCCGUCAGGCGCGAGAUGCUAACAACGCUGUGUCUAACGUAUAGACUAAUGAGGACUUGAAAAGACUUCACCGAAAAAACAGGGACGCAGUACUUUUUGUAUGUACACACACGUAGAAGAAGGGAUACCUGUCUGUUGAUCUUCUGCUGCCUUACAUCAAGUUUAUGGAUAAUCCAGUAGUUGUUUUUUUCUGUUUCCUGUGAAGACUUUUGUUUUGGAAAAUUCUUAUCUGGGCUGCAAGUCAGGACUGCCUCCCUGCAAGACUAGAUGGACGAUACAUUUCCCCUUGUUCUUCACUUGAUCUUGUGUAACAACAUUGGUAUACGAAAGCAAUAAUAGACUGGUAUAAAUGAUGAUGGUGGGGAUGAAGCCAGAUGAUGUUUGCGAUUGUGGUUCCCCCUGUUAAAGGUACUUAAUGUGUGUGUGUGUGUGUGUGUGUGUGUGUGUGUGUGUGUGUGUGUGUGUGUGUUUGUGUAAAUCCCUUACACACUGCUACAGUGUGGUGACUGUUGAGCAAGCCAGGAAGAGAACCACGUUGAUACUGUGAAACUUCACAAAAAAAGCUUCCAUAAACGCAUUUGUAUUUUCAAAAAACAUUUUGGCUGUAAGACUGUUAUUAUACAAGUUUUUGUCAGCAUGUGAGUGAACCAUUUGUAUACAUCUACUUAAGGGUAUGUCCUCUCAACAAAGCACACGUAUUACUCUCACACAAGUAAUCACUUCACAGCACAGGUGUACAUUCAGGUCAGUAAAUACGGUAGCAGCUGCAGUCUGUAUGUCUGACUGUGACAAUGUCUCGGUGUGCGUUUGCAUGUGAAACAAGGUUUCACGUCUUGGAUUACGCUGCGCUGGUGCAGCCAGAGAAAUCUGUUUACUAUGUAUGUCUUGGCACGGAUGAGAGAGCAAGUCAUAUGAUAAGGGAUGAUCUCAAGUGGAUGGUUGAAGUAAGUGUAGCAUGAAGUUAUUUUGCCUCCAGAGAGAUGGAGAGAAAAUCAAAGGAUGGGUAAAAGGAAGACUGAUAAGAGUAUAGAUCAUGGAUUUAAAAAAAUAUAUAUCUAUGGUGUAUAAAUAUGUUUGUAGUUCCGAAAGUGUCUCAGGAAGAUGUACUUGGCAUACUAAUGAAAAUGGACCAAUAUUUAUUUGGAAAAUGUAAUUUAAUGUAUUUUUAAUAUUGGACGAGUGUGUACAGAAUUCAAUCUUUUUGCUUUUAAGUGCAAUCUGAUCGCAUCUACAACUACAGUAUAUGUAGGAUCACAUUUAAACACAUGCAAACACAGGCACCAGUCACAAGUGUGGAUGUUGUAAACAGAGGAAUGCUACAUGUGCCCUGCUGCCCUGCGGGGAGGCGGGGGGCGCUACAGAACGUGAGACCUGUGUAUUUAUUUGACUUCCUGUUUGUCGCUGUGGGAACAAGCUCUCCACCCUCUGAAAUCGAGCUCUUUUUAACUUUUCAGGAUAUUCAGUUACAGCACCAGCCAGGGUUUUUCUUUUCUUUUCCUCUUCGUACCUGUACCUGUCACAGGUAGAUGGAGAGCAGCAAAGAUCAGAGGGCUGGGCAACACGACAGCAGUGAACAAAGUGUGCUGUUGAAUCUGGCACUGGAUGCCCAAAGAGUCUACAAGUGAAGAUCCAAAAUGCUUUACCAUGGUGUAUUCUAAACAGUUAAUAAAAAAUGUUAAACUUA